GCCACUGGGUGCGCACCUGCCCCGCCUCCGCCAGGCGGGCCACGGGGCAUGCAGCCGGUCGGGGGCGGGGCUCCGAGGCCAGGACGCGGCGUCGGGUUCCCGGGCAGCCGCCGCCAACUGGACUCUGCCGCGCUCCUCAUGCUGCUCGUGGACGCCGAUCGGCCGGAGCCCGUGCGCAGCGGGGCGCGCGAGCUCGCGCUCUUCCUGACCCCCGAGCCCGGGGCCGAGGCAGCGGAGGUGGAGGAGACCGUCGAGGGCUUGCUCCUCAGGCUGGAAGAGUUUUGCAGCCUGGCUGACAUGAUCAGGAGCGAUACCUCACAGAUCCUGGAGGAAAACAUCCCCCUCCUUAAGGCCAAGGUGAUGGAAAUGCGUGGCGUCUACGCCAAAGUGGACCAGCUGGAGGCCUUUGUCAAGAUGGUCGGGCACCACGUCUCCUUCCUGGAAGCCCACGUGCUUCAGGCCGAGCGGGACCACGGGGCCCUCUCACAGGCCCUGCGGAAGUGGCUGGGCUCCUCGGGGCUCCCCGCCUUCGGGAACAAGCUGUGGACGCCGGCGGCCCCGACCUUCGAGCUGCCCGCGUUGUACAGAACCGAGGACUAUUUUCCUGUGGACGCCGGGGAGGCAACGCGCCGAGCCCCCAGCUGCCAAAGGCGUCUGUGAGCCCUGCGGUCCUGCCGUCAGGGACAUCGGGAAGUGAAAUCUGUGUGCCGCGCAGAUUGUUCGUCUUGUUUUGUUUUGUUUUGUUUUAUUGUUGUGGAUGCGUUUUCUGAAUUUUCCCCCUUGCUUCACAUGGGCCCACAGGGUUUGGAGAAGCAUUUAGAACCCACAGGUGGGCAGUGCCUCAGAGAUGAGCUGGAGAAGGCCUUCUCCACCGGCGUUUGUCCUGCCUGGUGUUCUGGACAAGGUGGUCACCCAGGGGGAUGGGCUGUGGGGCCUUGGAUUUCCCUUUGCCUUGGAAGGGCUUUGCACAGAGGUUGUGAGGGGCUCGCGCGGUGCCCCCAGGGUGCGUGGCUCCAGGUCCAUACGUGUCGGCCGGUUUGUGUGAACCCCAGUGCCCACUGGCCCUGUGAACCGUCUGAAUAAACGUGUCCAGGUCGCCUGGAUGUAAAUGUUUC